UUGAACUAUUUAAGCUUAUCGUUAAUUUUAAUAGCUGUUUGUCAGAUGGUAUAAAAACAGUGAAGACAUUUAUAAAUUAUUAGUCAGUAAACGAGUGAGAAGUGAUUUAAAUUGUUUUUAAACGAUGGCAUCGCUAAUUCAAGCUUGUGCUUUAUUUUUUUUGGUAGCAAUAUGCCGAGCCGCGCCGACAAUGAAGCCAUCAGCGGCAGAGCUUAAUAAUGUAUAUGAAGGCGACACACUGGCUAUUAAAUGCACCAGUAAUACAGAUUUACAAUUUUUUACCGUAUUAGAUGAGCCUAGCAAACAAUCUCUGUCCGUUAUGGAAGUAGGAAUAACAGUUGGGUCAUACAUGCGCGGUAUUAGAAAAAAAGCAUCCGUUGGUGACAGUGGAUGGUACGGUUGCGCGAAUACUGGUGUCAAAGUUGACACAAGUAAACAUGACCAACCGGAUGUCACUUGGGCAUACGUCAAAAUAAAAUCCAAAAAACCAUCGAUGGAACCAGCAGGAAAGAUGUUAAAGCUGACUGAAGGCGACACAUUGACAUUAAAAUGCUCCAGUGAUCAAGAAAUGAAGUUUUACUUAGACUUGUACCGUCCUGAAAAAGCUACCAAAAGCGAAGAAAUGGCUACAGCAGUAGCCGGAGGUAGAUUUACACACACCUUUGAGAAGAAAAAAGUUGUUCCAAAAGACAGUGGACAUUAUGGUUGCGUAAAUAAAGACAUUGAAGUUACUCCCGAGAAUCUUAUGACUCGACCAGAAAUUAGAUGGCUUUACGUCAGUGUGAAACCCAAAAAACCUGCAAUGGAACCAUCCGGUACUUUAAAUUUGAAGACAGGUGACAAAUUGUCCAUUACAUGUCACAGUUAUGAAGAAAUGGCUUUUUAUACUGUUUUGAACAACCCCAAGAACGAGCAAUCCAUGAUGACUGAAUCAGAGUCUGCGGUUUUCGAAGGCGCUCACACUCGAACUUUGGAGAAAAAGUCGGUAAUUCCCGGUGACAGCGGGCGAUACGGCUGCGCAUAUGCAAAUGUUAAAGUUGAUACAAGUCGAUCCGAUCAACCAGAUGUCAACUGGAUUACCGUUAAUGUUAAAUGAGGACGUUCUUUAAUGAUAUAAAUUCUCUACAUGACAUUUAGAAAAAUAAUUAAAUAGAUAUUAUAAAUUAA